CGCCUGUUUGCGCUCCUUCGAGGCCAUCCUGCGGUGUCGUAUCCGGCGUACCAGAUCUGCAAUACAUAAACUCAGUUCCGGAAUUACUCAUCUUGACGCAACCAUACCUCCCCCCUCCAUUACCCGGACAAAACACCACCGCCGUCUACGAUAUAUUCCAAAUCCCCCCCCAAAGCGGAAGCUGAAUAGGACCUCGCGACUGGCAUCGAUAUCCUCAUGUCAGGGUACAACGGGCGACGCGGGCCCAACGUGUCCCAAUACGUCGCCGGCCUGAACAUUCCCACGUCGAACCUGGACCAUUUGGCCGAGCCGCUCAAUCUCGAGGAGGAUCUUGCACUGUUCUCGAACUCAGAUUUCAUCGACUGGGAUGCGGGCAACGGCGAGUUCGACCCGCAGGCUCUGGACUUCAACCUUGACGUCGACCAGACGCCCACCCAGCUGAAUCCGUCGGAGACAAAGGACUUUAGCGACAGCGCGCACAAGACCACCGGCUCACGCGAACCGAAAAUGGACUUCAAUCUCGAUGGCGACUUUCAAUUUGCCGAUUUCUCAGGCUUCUCGAAUCCCAUUGUGGAUCAGUCCAUCCCGAGCCUGCCUCACUCCCAACAACCACAGCAAAGCUCGUUCCCAAUCCCGCCCAACUUCGCCUCGCCUGUCACGAGCUCCGUGUCUCCUGUCACGCCACAGUUUGACCACUCUGGUAAGAAGCGCAAACUCGAUAAUGAGGAUGCGCAUAGUCACCAAGCAAUAGAUGAAGCUGCCCGCGUCGCCGCGGAGGAGGACAAGCGCCGUCGCAACACAGCUGCCAGCGCACGCUUCCGCGUCAAGAAGAAGCAGCGCGAGCAGGCGCUGGAGAAGACGGCGAAGGAAAUGACAGAGAAGGUCAACCUGCUGGAAAACAGGAUCCAGCAACUAGAGACAGAGAACACUUGGCUCAAGGGCCUGAUCACGGAGAAAAACGGGGGCAAGUCGUCAAUUUCGGAUAUCAGCGCGCUGCUGAAGAAGCACGAGAAGGAAAACGCGUCUGGAGAGCGGAGUACGGGCAACAGGACUGACGGAGUGGGCACUGCGGUGAAGGACCCAAAGGCUUAGGCCCAAUUCUUUCCCUUGGAUUUACUAGAUUUCCUUAGACCUGCCCUGGCUUUUUUCGGGUUUGAUUGCUGACACGGUUGUCCGUACUUGUUGCUU